AUGAGGUGGUUCAAUACGACGCUGUCCAUUGUGAAGGAUACUAUCAAGGAGAUGUUUACUAAUCAUUUCACAUCAUUUGAAAUAUUAGAGAGUUUUAAGAUUGCAGAUAUUGGAUGUGCCUCGGGUCCCAAUACCUUUCUAUUUAUGUCGGAAGUUAUUGAUACGGUUUACAAUUUGUCGAACCAAAACAAAUCUCUAGAGAUAUCAAUCGUGUUGAAUGAUUUGCACAAAAACGACUUCAACAACAUUUUUAGUGCACUCCCAUCAUUCUACAAACAACUACAAGAGAAACAUGGAUAUGAAUUUAGUCAAAAAUGUUUCAUCUCUGGAGUGGCAGCGUCAUUUUAUGAGAGGUUGUUACCAUGCAAAAGUUUGCAUUUUGUACACUCUUCUAGCAGCCUUCAUUGGCUUUCUCAGGUGCCAAAAAAUCUAGAGAACAAAGGACAUAUUUACAUGGCCAAAGAUUGUCUUCCUCAUGUGUUUGAGGCUUAUAAGAAUCAAUUUUAUAAGGACUUCUCUUCAUUUAUUAACAAAAGAUCCCAUGAAAUAUUGCCAUCAGGUAGAAUGGUCCUUACAUUUUUGGGAAGGAGCAUUCCAGAUCCAUCAAGCAAUGAUUGUUGCUGCCUAUGGGAAUUACUAGCCCAGUCACUUCUAGAUGUGGUUUCUCAGAGACUCAUUAAGGAGGAAGAUGUUGAUUCAUUCAAUUUACCUAUAUAUACUCCUUACAUUGAUGAAGUAAAGGAAAUCAUUAUGAACGAUAUGUCUUUUGAUGUUAAAAAGAUUGCGAUUUUCAAACACAAUUGGGAUCAAGAUGAUAAUGAUGAUAAAAAGAAGAGUGGAGAAAUUGUAGUCAAUUUUAUUAGAGCAGUAACACAGUCGAUAUUGGUGACACAUUUCGGGGAGCUCUUUUUAAACAAUGUGUUCAAAAGAUAUGCAGAGCGCGUAACUAAUCAUCUUAAAACGGAGAAAACAAAGUUCAUAAUUCUCACCAUUUGCCUUAUGAAGAAAUAA